AUGAAGGUUGCAGAAGGACUUGAACUUGGAGCUGUCGAUUUGCUGCAAGAUCCUCUUUUGAAUCUUGUCACUCUUUCCACAGGUCCUACUUGCUCCAUGUUACCAAAAAAUCCACUUUUCCCCCAAAACCUGAGUUCUCAGCCUUGUCUCAAGAUGGAAGGAGACAAAUCGCUCACCUUUUCCAGCUACGGGCUACAAUGGUGUCUCCAUGAGCUAGACAAGGAAGAAUUUCAGACAUUUAAGGAAUUACUAAAGAAGAAAUCUUCAGAAUCAACCACAUGCUCUAUUCCACAGUUUGAAAUCGAGAACGCCAACGUGGAAUGCCUGGCACUCCUCUUGCAUGAGUAUUAUGGAGCAUCGCUCGCCUGGGCUACGUCCAUUAGCAUCUUUGAAAAUAUGAACCUGCCAACCCUCUCGGAGAAAGCAAGGGAUGACAUGAAAAGACAUUCACCAGAAGAUCUUGAACCAACAACGACUGGCCAAGGACCAAGCAAGGAAGAAGUGCCAGAAAUUUCACAAACUAUGGAACAAGAAGGUGCCACAGCAGCAGAGACAGAAGAACAAGAAUAUGGAGGUGACAAAUGGGACUACAAGAGUCACGUGGUGACCAAAUUUGCCCUGAAGGAGGAUGUACGUUGUGGUUUUGAAAAAACUGCUGACUGGCCAGAAAUUGAAAUGUUAGCUGGUGCUUUUAAUUCAGACGAAUGGGGCUUCCGGCCUCACACGGUGGUUCUACACGGAAAGUCAGGAAUUGGGAAAUCGGCUCUGGCCAGAAGGAUCAUGCUGUGCUGGGCACAAGGUGCACUCUACCAGGGAAUGUUCUCCUACGUCUUCUUCCUCCCCGUUAGAGAGAUGCAGCAGAAGAAGGAGAGCAGUGUCGCAGAGUUCAUCUCCAGGGAAUGGCCAGACUCCCAGGCUCCAGUGACGGAGAUCAUGUCCCGACCGGAAAGGCUGUUGUUCAUCAUUGAUGGUUUCGAUGACCUGGGCUCUGUCCUCAACAGUGACACCAAGCUCUGCAAAGACUGGGCUGAGAAGCAGUCCCCGCUCAUCCUCAUCCAGAGUCUGCUGAGGAAAGUCCUGAUCCCUGAGUCCUUCCUGAUGGUCACCGUCAGAGACGUGGGCAUACAGAAGCUCAAGUCGGAGGUCGUGUCUCCCCGUUACCUGUUUGUUAGAGGAAUCUCUGCAGAACAAAGAAUCCACUUGCUCCUCCAGCGCGGGAUCGGUGAGCAUCAGAAGACGCAAGGGUUGCGUGCGAUAAUGAACAACCGUAAGCUGUUCGACCAGUGUCAGGUCCCUGCCGUGGGCUCUCUGAUCUGCGUGGCUCUGCAAUUGCAGGACGUGGUGGGGGAGAGCGUCGCCCCCUUCAGCCAAACGCUCACAGGCUUGUACGCAGCUUUUGUGUUUCAUCAGCUCACCCCUCAAGGCAUGAUCCGACGCUGCCUCAAUCUGGAGGAAAGAGUUGUCCUGAAGCGUUUCUGCCGCAUGGCUGUGGAGGGAGUGUGGAAUAUGAAGUCUGUGUUUGAUGGUGACGACCUCAUGGUUCACGGACUCGGGGAGUCUGAACUCCGGACUCUGUUUCACAUGAAUAUCCUUCUCCAAGACAGCCACUGCGAGGAGUUCUACACCUUCUUCCACCUCAGUCUCCAGGACUUCUGUGCCGCCUUGUACUACGUGUUAGAGGGGCUGGAAAUCGAGCCGGCUCUCUGCCCUCUGUUCGUUGAGAAGACGAAGAGGUCCAUGGAGCUUCAACAAGCAGGCUUCCACAUCCACUUGCUUUGGAUGAAGCUUUUCUUGUUUGGCCUCAUGAGCGAAGACGUAAGGAGGCCACUGGAGGUCCUGCUGGGCUGUCCCGUUCCCCUGGGGGUGAAGCAGAAGCUUCUGCAGUGGGUGUCUCUGUUGGGUCAGCAGCCCAAUGCCGCCACCCCAGGAGACACCCUGGAUGCCUUCCGCUGUCUUUUCGAGACUCAAGACAAAGAGUUUGUUCGCUUGGCAUUAAAUGGCUUCCAAGAAGUGUGGCUUCCGAUUAACCAGAACCUGGACUUGAUAGCAUCUUCCUUCUGCCUCCAGCACUGUCCGUAUUUGCGGAAAAUUCGGAUGGAUGUCAAAGGGAUCUUCCCAAGAGAUGAGUUAGCUGAGGCGUGGCCUGUGGUUCCUCUAUGGAUGCGGGGUAAGACCCUCAUGGAGGAUCAGUGGGAAGAUUUCUGCUCCGUGUUCAGCACCCACCCCCACCUGCGGCAGCUGGACUUGGGCAGCAGCAUCCUGACAGAGCGGGCCAUGAAGACCCUGUGUGCCAAGCUGAGGCAUUCCACCUGCAAGAUACAGACCCUGAUGUUUAGGAAUGCACAGAUUGCCCCUGGUCUGCAGCACCUCUGGAGAACCCUCAUUGCCAACCGUAACCUAAGAUCCCUCAACUUGGGAGGCACCCACCUGAAGGAAGAGGAUGUAAGGAUGGCGUGUGAAGCCUUAAAACACCCAAAAUGUUUGUUGGAGUCUUUGAGGCUGGAUCGCUGUGGAUUGACCCACGCCUGUUACCUGAAGAUCUCCCAAAUCCUUACGACCUCUCCCAGCCUGAAGUCUCUGAGCCUGGCAGGAAACGAGGUGACAGACCAGGGAGUGACGCCUCUCAGUGAUGCUUUGAGGGUCUCCCAGUGCGCCCUGCAGAGGCUGACACUGGAGGACUGUGGCAUCACGGCCACGGGUUGCCAGAGGCUGGCCUCAGCCCUCGUCAACAACCGGAGCUUGACACACCUGUGCCUAUCCAACAACGACCUGGGGAACGAAGGUGUGAAUCUGCUGUGUCGAUCCAUGAGGCUUCCCCACUGUAGUCUGCGGAGGCUGAUGCUGAAUCGGUGCAACCUGGACACAGCUGGCUGUGGUUUUCUUGCACUUGCGCUGAUGGGUAACGCGUGGCUGACGCACCUGAGCCUUAGCAUGAACCCUGUGGAAGACAACGGCAUGAAGCUUCUGUGCGAGGUCAUGAGAGAACCAUCUUGUCAUCUCCAGGACCUGGAGUUGGUAAAGUGUCAUCUCACUGCCGCGUGCUGCGAGAGUCUGUCCUGUGUGAUCUCAAGGAGCAGACACCUGAAGAGCUUGGACCUCACGGACAAUGCCCUGGGUGACGGUGGGGUCACUGCGCUGUGCGAGGGGCUGAAGCAGAAGAAAAGCGUUCUAACGAGACUUGGGUUGAAGGCAUGUGGAUUGACUUCUGAUUGCUGUGAGGCACUCUCCUUGGCCCUUUCUUGCAACCAGCACCUGACCAGUCUAAACCUGGUGCAGAAUAACUUCAGUCCCAAAGGAAUGAUGAAGCUGUGUUCGGCCUUUGCCUGUCCCACAUCUAACCUACAAAUAAUUGGGCUGUGGAAAUGGCAGUACCCUGUGCAAAUAAAGAAGCUGCUGGAGGAAGUGCAGCUGCUCAAGCCCCGAAUUGUAAUUGAUGGUAGUUGGCAUUCUUUUGAUGAAGAUGACCGGUACUGGUGGAAAAACUGA